GCUUUCUGUGAUAAUUUAUUCAGUUACACCCUUGCUUUCAGAAUGCAGAAGUGCGAUCACUGGGGUUAUUGUGACUUGGAGAGAUUCUGCUGGGAGUUUCUGUCCCUGAUGCCCUCUUAGCGAGAUGUUCCCUGGCCUGGGCUGUACCAGCACGCCCAUAGCAGUAUGGGGUUUGAAAAGUCCCAGAUUCAGCCCUUUGUGUGUGCUGUCAAUUUCUCUGAAAUAAACUGGGUGGCUGCCAUGGAGACCAGCUGGGACAGCAGCCUCCACAGCUGGGCCGGGCCUGCCCCGGCUGUGAUCCAAGCCACCAUGUACUCCAAAGCAGCGCGGCAGGCGGAGGAAACCAGGGAAGAGCUGGAAAAGAUCCAGGCACGGAUUGACCAUAUGAUCCAGGCCUAUGAGCGCAGUGAGCAGGUCUCGUCUGCCCAGCAAGCAGCCGCAGAGAUUGUGGAGAAUGUGGAGCAGCUGGCAGCCGUCUUGGGGGACCCCGUGAAGAAGAGGAGAUACCAGCAGCAAGUGACUGUCUUCAUCGUGGGGUACCAGGAGUCCUGUGGGCAGCGCAAUAGCCUCCUGAGCCAGCUGCAGGAGUUCUUCAGCUGCUCCGUGGAGCUGGGGCUGGGGGAGGAGAGCCACAGCCUGCCCGACGACUUCCCUGUGCACAUGGACGACGUGGCUGGCAUGGUAACAGCGGCUUUGAGCUCAGCCGAGGCAGCCAUGUCCCGCCUGGCGGAUCUGAACAAGGAGAUUGUCAGCUACGUGACCAGCGCCCUGGCCACACACAGCCCCAAAAGGAGCCACAGGAAGCAAGUGGAGAAGGCUGUAGACAAGGCUAAGGAAGAGGUGGUCCAGAUCAAACACAGGCUCCUGCAGGCUCAGGCAGACGUGGAGACCAAGGAACGACAGCUGAAGGACCUGCAGCAGCUGAGCGAGAUGAAGGCGAAGGAGAGCCGGCUCUUCCGAGCCCAGCUGGAGAGCACCCAGAGACGCCUGCAAGGCCUGGAGCAGGAGAGUGGGGCUCAGCGGGCCCACCUGGAAGCCGAGCUGAGGAGCCGGGACUCGCGCAUCGCGGAGCUGGACGGGUUCCUGCAGGAGAAGGAGUGGCUGCGGAGGGACGCGGCCACCCAGUGCAGCGACCGCGCCCUGUCCAGCCCUGCUGCAUGCCCAGGGGGGCUGCUCCCCUCCAGCGCGGGGGCUGCCGAGGAGGGGCCACCAGCAGGAAGGGAGCUUGGGGAAGGGCUGGCAGAGUCCAUGGUGCGACCUGAAGGGGGGUUCUCGAACCCAGAGGACAUCCCAGGGCAGCACUCGGAGCAGCCGCAGCCCGUUGGUGGCCCCUUAGCACACUCAGCUGUCCUGGAGCCGGGGGCGCUGGCUGGGCCGGCCAGAGGGCACAGGGAAGCUGGGAAGGAAGAGGAAGAUGCUGAAGGGGAGCCAGCCACACACCCUGCAGGGGGUGAGAGGAGCCCCAGCUGGGGCGCUGCAGUCGGGAAUCCAGCGGUGCAGACUCCAGAGGCCUCGGCUACAUGUGAGCUCCUGGCCCGGCGCCUGGCUGCCCUGGAGGCAGAGUUAGCUGCAGCCCACCUGCAAAGCCAUGAGGACGCCGAGCACUGGGAGAGACGCUGCAGGACCAUGGCAGCCGAGUGGGAGGAGGAGAGGCAGAGAUUAUUGCAGCAGCCACAGGAGCCGGCGCAUCCAGCAGAGAUGGCGCAGCACCUGGAGACAUCCCAUCAGGGGCAGCCAAUGAAGCAGGGGGCUGUGGUGCAGCCAGCGCAGCAAUGGGAGACAGCUCAGCAGGUGGAGACAGUGCUGCAGAACCUGCCAAUGCAGCAGGGGCUGGUGGUGCAACUGGUGCAGCCGUUGGAGAUGGUGCAGCUGGUUGAGCGAGUGGAGCCAGCCCCACAGAUGUCUGCAGCUGGAUCGCAGUUGACUUUGGAGGCCAGAGGCUUCCCAGAGCCGACUCUGCCUCCCACUCCUGCUGAAGGAGCCGCUCCUUCCCCAGGGCCCACCAGGCAGGGGGGCGCCCCCAGAGCAGGUGCUUCCCCGGAUGCCCUGUCCCAGUCCCAGUGCAGGGCGAUCGCAGCGCCUGCAGCAGGACGCCGUGGAGCCGACAGCCACGUGGUGGCCUUCAUAGAGACCUUGCGGGCAGGGCUUAUGGCUAAAGAGCUCCACGUGCUGGCUCGGCUCCUGGACGGCCCGUGUGGCAGGCUGACGACAGAACUCCCCGCGGCCCCAGAGGAAGCAGCAGGAGUUGAAAUCCACACGCUGCUUGGGAACGCUACCCUAGUUUUUUACAGCUUGCUUGAAAGUAUAAGUGGUAAUGACAAGAUGCUGCUCCAGCCGCAGGACGUGAUGUCAGAUCAAGGAGGAACUGCGGCACCAGCCCUGGGAAAAGGCGUUGUCCUGGGUGGAGCAGACCCGUUGGCUCUGGACCAGCACCCUGUAGGAGGAGGGCACAGCUCCCAUGCUGUCCCGCUAACCCAAGGCCGGCUGAUGAGCGCAGGAGGGGGGCUGAGUCCCAGGUCCGAGCCUGGCAGCGCCGGGGCCAAGAGGAGAGCCCCCAGGGUCCUGUUUACUCAGCAGGACGAGCAGCACAACAGACAGGUGCUGAACCAAGGCGUAUGCAGAGGCCAGGUGCUGUGGGGCCUGUACCAGGACGCCAGCCUGCUGAUGGGGGGCUUCCGAUGGCUUCGCCGCCAGAGGUUCGAGGGCCUGGUGAGAGGUUACCUGGCCCAUGGCUGCAUGAAGGAGGCAGAAGAAACCUUGGAGCAACUUCAGGGCAGUUGUGGCUGCGUGAAGGAGCACAGUGUGCUGGGGCGACUCCGAGCGCUGAGGCAGCAGAAGCUCCAGUGCUGGCGGGGCGAGUGGCACCGCAGCUGGGCAAGGCGGCUGCAGCUGGCAGAGCUGCUCAGUGAGACGCUGGGGCGCGUGGAGGAGCGUUCGGGGCUGUUCCUGAUCCAGCCUGUGCUGCCGUGGCCUGGCCACCUCCCCAGGGCUUUAUCCUGUCUGCUCCAGGCCGACUGCACUAACCCCUCCUGGAAGGAGCGACGCCCGGCCCCGACCCAAUCCCAAGAUGCUGGUGCCAGCACUGAUGGGACAGGAAGUGAGCAGCCCCCUGGCCACGCGGGGUCUCCGGCUGCGCACCCCAAGGGAGGCAGGGCCCCACAAGCUGUGGAGCUUCCCACCAUUGGGGGGCAGCAGGGCCUGGCCAGACCAGGACCUGGUGCUGCCAAGCCCACUGGUGAUCACCCCGCGGCUACUGGAGAUGGACCUCAAUGGCUACCUGCUGCAGGAGCACCAGGUGAGCAGGAGGAGCCAGCCCAGCCCAGGCCCAGCCAGUCCCGGAGCCAGGCCCUUCGCAGCCUCGCUGAGGAGUUUCCUUCCUGUCCGACGUGGUGUGGCCCUGAUAGGCCCCAGCCACUCGGCGAGGCCGUGAGUGCCCAGCUGUGACUCCAGAUCGGCUCGCGAUCCUGUGGGCAUGUUCCGGACUUCAGGACACAGCUUGAUAAACCAUCUAUUCAAAAUCAGCUGUCUGGGAAAGGAUUACAGUCCAGAAUGGCCAGACAGCCUUCCCCCGUUCACUCCCCCCAAAAUAAAGACACUGCACCUAUAUGUGCCCAAUCACGGCCCUUCUUUCCCUGCCAGGCCCCAAUCCCCAGUGCAGAAGCACAUUUCUCUGUGUUGGCGGCCGCGCUCUGGCCAGUACCUGGAGAGGACCCCCUGUGCUUUGGCCAGGAUGGGACUUUGGCGCUGGCCUGCGGGAUAGUGUAUGGACCGAGCUGGAGCUGUUCGGAACACUGCAGCCUGACCUGGAUACUGGAGGUUCCUGUCUGGCUAAUUGGGUUAGUUUGGGGACAAACAAGCUCUCAGGGGCUGUUGGGAAAAAACAAGCAGGAAGGGGAAGAAUGGCUCCAGCACAGCCACUGCACAGGACUUGAAGGUGCUGAGCGACAAGGCCAGGGCCCAAAAAGGCCCCAGGCAGAAGAGAUCCAAAACCUGGAAUAGGGUUUAAAAGGGACUCGUUCUGGAGGGAUCAGGGGGUUUUAGGGGACCCAGGCAGAGCCACAUGUCUGAAGAAGCUAGGCCUGCCGCAGCUACCCUGGGAGUGGUGAUCUGUGGGCUUAGCCAGUUGUUUUACAAGCCUUGUUCUCAGCAUGCUUUGUUCCUACCAUCCAAAUAAACCUGCCUUGGGUUCACCAGGCUGGCUGCUGCUCAGCAAUGCCCGAAGGGAAGAACUGCAGGGGCCAGACUCAGGCAGACCUGCUGGGUAAGCACAGUGAUCUGCCGGGUGCUGUAGCCCGGGGGUUGGUCUAAGAAUGGAAGACUCAAUUGAGUCCCUCCCCAGAUAGUGACAGAGGCCUGGCACCAGUGGGGUGCACUCAGUGAAGCCAGAAGGGGACAGAGGCACAGUUAGCCCUGUUACUGUGACGCAGGAAAGUGGCACCGGCACUGGGGGAGUUAGGGGGUCCGUAGCUUUCCCACUUUUUGAAAGUGGAUGGGCGGCCCCCGCCCCUCACCCCCCCGAUCAGGCCAGCAUGGAGCCCAGUCGGGGAGCAUGGACAGUUGUGGGAGCCACACAGACCUUCCACCUGCCCAUUGGGGCGGGGAGGGCUUAGAGCCGCUUCCGGCCCAUGUCCCCACCACCUGAGCCCAUUGCACUGUGAGCAGUUGGAGGGGCUACUGCGGCUCCCCACAGCUGCCUGCACGGUUCUUACCAGGGCUAGGCUGCAGCUCUGAGGCCCUGCCCCCCCCAGCCUGAGCUGCUUCAAGGAUAGCUAUACAGCCAGGCAGCUGUGGGGAGCCUGGGUCCCUCCACCUGCUCUGGGUGGGGGUCUUGGGGACAGGGAUACAGAUGGGGGCUGCUUUCGGCCCACCCCAGGCAGGGGGUGGGAUGGGCUCUCCGGCCCCGCUCUGGCUUCCAGUUUGGCCAGGGGUGGAGCCUCCAGGGGAAGAGGAGGAGCGGGGAAGGCUCUGAUGCUCUUGCUCCAGGACACUUAUGCAUGUGGACACUCAGCUGGGUUAGUUAAGUUUUGGCGCAGUUGUAGGUUGGGGAAAGGUAGAACUGGGCUCACAAUGGAUGGAUGGCUUCCAGGAGUGGGGAGUUAGCAUGACCUCUGCAUGCAGCAUUGGAGAGACCAAGACUGGAUACCGUGGUCAACUGUGGUGUCCAAACCUCAAAAAGGAGGUUGAAAAAUUGGAAAGGGGUCAGCAAAGACUUAAAAGAAUGAGCCAAUAGUUGCAAACGCUGCCUUAAACUUCAGAUGCUCAAUCUACUUAGUUUUCCAAGAAGAGAUAAAGAGGUGACUUGAUCAUGGCCUUACAGGUACCUAGAGAAGAUUUCUGCUCGGCGAAGGCUCAUUGCUAUAGCAAAGGCAGAACAAGAGCCAGUGUCUGGAAUCUGAAGCUAAAUAAAUUCAGACUGGCAGUGAGGCGCGAAUGUUUAAACAUGAGGGCAGUUAGCCAUUGGAACCACUUACCAGGGACGUCCUGGCAGGCUCUAAAUGAAGGCCGGGUGUGUUUCUAAAAGAUCUACUCGAGCUCAACCAGACACUAUUGUCUCAAUGCAGGAAUCACUGGGUGAGAUUCUCUACCUCGCUUAUGAGGGAGGCCAGACUCGAUUAUCCCAAUGGGGCCUUCUGGCCGUAAACGCUCCGAGUCUUGAGUGUGAAGGGGCUAAUGUCUGGCCAGAAUACGCAUAAUGGGCCGGUUCCUGCUCCCAACAUCUGAGUUGUGCCAUUGAUGUCCAGGGGAG